AUGAGUCCCCUAACCAUAUUUUCACAGAUACUAGACCUACUACCCUAUUCUAUGUUAUUGUGGACGAUUCUAUUAUGGCCUGGAUUCACUGGCUGUUGUCGAAAAGAAAAACGUCCGGUGAUUAAUUCGGCAGAACAAAAAACAGCUAAUGAGGCAACGAAGGCUUCAAAGGUUGAGGGGAAUUCAACAGAAUCGCUGGAAAAAAGCAGCAAUAAAGUUAGCAAGCAAGUUACGGUGCCCGGCAUCGUCAGCAGUCCUAAUGCAAAGAGUGGUGAAGGAACACGAAACAAUCCGAUUGUAAUGCCAACUCAGCUGAGCUCAUUGCCAUACGAGUCCAUCACAAGUCAAAAUAACAAGGAUUCAACCGAGUUCAAUGGGAACAGCAGCUCCAGGAAAGCUACGAAAGAUGGAAGAAGUCGCGAAGAGGACGCUACAGAAGAGACACAAGUUGCAACUGAGUUAGACAACCAGGUGGACCUGAAUGACUUCAUCCUGAAAGCGGCCGAAAAUCAGAUCGUUGUCCAUCCAAGCCUUGUGAAGAAAAAGGGCAAUAUUGACGCGUCCAUGUUCCGCAGUAGAACAAAAGAAGAAAUCAUGGAGUUGGAGGCAGCGAUGAAGUCUGAUCAUGAGUCAGAACUUGAGAAGGACAUCCAGAAAGAGAUGAGCAAGCAGAAACCUAAGAUCAAAUGGGGUGAUUCAAAAUGUGUUGUUUUCGAAACGAGCACACAGUUAACGUACGAUGACGACGAAGUGAUUGAGGAACCUGAUUUGUACGAGUAA